GUCCAUCCGCCCCCAUUCACAGAAGCGCUGCGGGGCGAAAUUGCGCACAGGCGUCGCGCUCUGAGCACGCCAUGCUCUCCAUCGGGACCGGAGGAGAAAAGACACGCCAAAACCACUGAUCCCGAUCCCGUCCUGUGAUUAUCUCCAGUCAGUUACAGGCGGAAACAUGCCUGCAUUCCGCUGUCAGGGGUAGCGAAGAAAGUAGGGAGACACGGCUGAUUUGUUUUUAAUAUUCCCAUGUUCCACAUGAGGGAGGUUAAGAUUGGAGAAAGCAUUUGUGUAUUAGUGUUGCUUUUUUCUGGGCUUGUGACCUGCUCAGGUGUUUUUGGGAGCCCUUUAACGGAUGAUGUGGCCACGUUAGAUACCCUGAGUGAGAAUAUUCCCAGUGACUACAGAAUACCUAUCAAGUUCAUCACAAAGGAUGUGGGUGGAGCUUGCUGGCUGCAUUUAAACCUGUAUCCAGUCGAAGGCAGUUUAAAAAAAUUGGCCAUUAAGUUUGGCAACCAGUCCACCAAUAAGGCGAACAUCACUAUUUUCAUAACAAUGCUGCAGGACUUUCGUUUCACUCUGAACAGUGAUGACCUGGAGGACAGAAUGCAAGCCUUCAAGUGCCACUACAGAAGGGAAAAGUGGCCGACUAGGCGUUUCUUUACCCAUGUUAAAUCCGUUCUUACAGUGGCCGGUUCCACAUUUGGUGACAUUCCUCCAUGCACACCUCCUCCUUGCCAGACCCUCGCAGCUCCUCCAUUCACACCAGGUCAAAGCAGACAGCAGAAUGGCAUGAACUCUGCGGUUCAUGGGCUCCUGGCGCUGCUCAUCAUCCCCAGUGUGGCUAUUCUAGUUCUCACUAUCCAAAUGGCAUUAGGAAGAAGAAGUCAUUGUGGAGCAAGAAUGCGUGAAGUUGAGCCUCACGAAGGAGCUGAGGAAAGCAGAAAUGAGCUCCAUGGUGGAGCUGCGCAGGAGGACCCAGCUUCCAGCUCCGCCAGUGAGCAAGACAGGGCGUGGCUGGAUUCUUUAGGGUGUGCAGACACAGAGGUCUAAUAAAAAAAAUGCAUGAGGGAAAGUCAAUGGAAACGCCAGUAUGCUCCGGAGUUAUGAAGGGAAUAUCCAGAACGGGAUGCUUUUAAGCCAUACCUGCUCACCAUUAAAACUUUGGGCUGAAGAGACCAAUCGUAACACGCGAUGAGCUUAACCAAUCAAUGAGGGUCUGUUAUUCCGGGAUGCCAUCCUAAAAAACAGCACGGGAAAACCUUUAUGAUUUCAUCCGGCAGGAAGUGCGGCUCUUUGAUGAGCUUCUUGCAGCGCCUGCGGCAGCUUUGUUGGCUUUGAGGAAAAAGCCACUGGUCCUGCAAGCCUCUGCGCGAGAGGAUAAAUGGCUUUUUUGUGCCAGAGCUCUUCAUUGCAUGAGGACGGCGGUUUAUGUUGCACCAGAAAACAUCUUUGGAACAGAGCACGGGCUUGUCUGGAAACACGUUUGAUUUAGAGCGUGAACAAGCGUGCCAAGAUUUUGGGUGUUUUGCUAGUCUUUUAUUUGAAUAUUCUGAUGAUGAUGAUAGAGGGGGAACCUGUUGUGUGUGUGUGUGCGUGUGUGUGGAAACGUGAGUUCCUGAGAUCUCUUUCGUUCACGCUUGUCAGUUCAAAUCUGAUUGGGAUUUGAUCUAAAGUAGUGGUCUCAUUCUCAAUUCCUGGAGAGCCGCAGCUCUGCAUAGUUUAGCUCCAUGCACCUCCAACUCACACCUUCUUAAUAGUCUCUAGUAGUCUUGAACACCUUGAUUAGUUGGAUCAGCUGUGUUUGAUUAGGGUUGGAGCAAAACUGUGCAGAGCUGCAGCCCUCCAGGAAUCCAGUUUUAGACCUAUGAUCUAAAUAGUUGACAGUCCACACUGUUGGGAUAUGAUUUGUGUGUGAAAUUUAAAAAUUUGAUGAAAUCCGAGAGCUUUCUCAUCAAAAAAAAAAAAAAAACGAACUAAAAUUGACUUUGUUUGCCAAUGUUUUCUCUUCUUGUCAGAGUGUGAGUUUACUACGGACAAUAUCAUGGCUGUUUCUCAAUUCCAAGAAUGUAGAGAAGGGACUCAUUCUUGUGGAGACCGUUCUUGCCAGGUCACCUUGGAAGAGCGAAUUCGGAAGACUGUAAGAACAUAGAACGCGUCCUGUGAGAAAUGAGAUGCAGAGUUCUUCCUGAUAAUCACGUGACCACGUUGACAAUUAUUUAAACAUUUACAGUAUUC